GUGCCGGGGUCCGGAGCGCGGCGGGCCUCGGGCUGCCUCCCCCUGCCUCCCCGGUGCCGGCGGUGGGUGGGCGCGGUGGGCCCGGACAGACAGCCUGAGGGGGCUGUGCUGGCCUUGCGGCUCUUUCCGGGGUUUGACAGCCUCAGUGUUAUUAUUCUAAAUAAGCCGCAGUGAUAUUGUUAUAAAUCGAGUGGGGAUAAUUGAGUUUCUCGGCAAGUGGGUGCUAAAGGCUUCUCUGUUGUGAUCAGUUCGUUGGCAUAAGUGUCCUGAGAAAAGAAACGGAGAGCAAGGAUAAGAAACCACCGAUAGGAGCAAAUUUAAGAAUGAUGAUAAAGAAAAAGAGAAAAGACAUUCAGGAGGAGCCUGUACAGAAGAAGAAAAAGGUGAAGACUGUCAUUAAAAUUGAGGAAGAUGUUAAAACUGUCAUUAAAACUAAGGACAAUGGCCAACUCAAGGAAAAAACUAAGACAAGAAAAAAGGAGAAUUUAAAAGAUGAAUGCUUACACAAAUUUCACUCAAAGAAUACUAAGAAAAACAAGAAGCCGAAAGUUGGCUCUGAAUUAUUCAGAGAAGAUAAUUUAGAAAGCUUUGUAAAUAUAAAAGAUCAUCUGGAUUUACAAGUUCAAGAAGAACCAGAGGAACAAAUUAAAAUAUUCAAAAAGAAGAAAAAAAAAGUCCAGUGUCAUUUCUCCUUGGAGAAUAAUGAGAGUAGUGACGUGGAGCUUCCAAAUCAUUGCACAGAUGGUACUAAGAAAAAUGAAUUCUCUUCUAAAAAAAAGAGAAAGCAUACUGCUUUGGAUUUGGAAUUGGAUGGUGAGGUAACAAAGAAAAAAAAGAAGAAAAGCAAAUUUUCAUUAGAGGACAUCCAGGACACUGAACAAAGGCAAUAUGCAAAAGUCUGUAAAAACACCCACAAAUACACUUCACAAAAAGCAGUUUUUAUGCGUGAAGACUGUAACACAGGUAAUGCCCAGGAUGGUGGGGAGAGCUGUGUGAGAAAGAAGAAAAAUAAAAAGAAAGAUAAGUCAGACUGCUUUUUGCCACUGGCACAUAAUGAGAGCAACAUGCAUCGAAUUCCUGGUAGCCCCACUGCAUUAAACGACUUCAGAAAAAGGAAGAAACAUAAUUCCUGGGAGUUUACAUGGACAAGCAGAGAGGAAGAGGACAAAAUUAAGAACUUUGGGCAUAUCGAAGAGAGGAAGAAGAAAAAGAAAAAAAAAGCUAUUUAUUCCUCAACCUGUGAAGAUAAGCCAAACUGCAGUCACAGCAUUCCUGAUAAGCAUCUCCCAGCACAGCAAGAAGUUGAGCUUGAGGAAGAAGAGCUGUCUGGAAAGAAACACAGGAAGAAUUUCAAGGAUAAUAAGGAAGUCAGUAAGAAGAAAAAGAAGAAGAUUAAGAAAAAGGAGGAGGAAGCAACAUACUCAGGAGUUUCUUUAGACAAAUACAGUGCUUCUAAAAGCCAAAAAGUACUGCUGGGAAGCAGUAAGAAGAACAAAGAGAGUAAAAUGGAGCGAGCUCAGUGUGUCACAGGGGACACUGUAGAUGGGACAUUGUGCAGUAGUAAUCCUGUCCUGUGUGACAGAAAAAGGGAAAAAGGACCACCACAGGACUUAGCUGAAGAACCAGGUUCAAAAGCAGCUGCAAAAACCAUCAAGACAGAAUCAGAAUGGAAUGAGUCAGUGGAACAUCUAGAUGGUGUAAUUAUUGUGAAGGAAAAGAAAGGAAACUGUGAUGAAAUUAACAUAGACAAGGUGAGGAGGCAGGCCCUGCAAGAAGAAAUUGACAGAGAAUCUGGCAAAACCAAGGCUUUCAGUUCCAAAGUGGGACAGGUGAUGUAUGAGUUCAGACCUCAGCUGAUGGAAAUGCUGUGUCCCAGGGCAGGAUACACAGGAGCUUGGACAGUGGAGUACAGCUACUUUUAAAAGUUCUGCGGAACAAAUGAAGUUUUUUAGACUGUUGGGUGGUUUUAAAAAAGGUUCUGUGCCUAUGCAAAAUCCCUCAGCAACUACAAACAAACCAAACAUGGCUCUGAACCAGGAAGGGGAGGAGAAGUUACAGCAGGCUCUGAAGAUGCAGUUUGAUAAAGCAAUGGACUUGAAGCAACACAGAGGAAUUGGUCUUGGAUUUCAGCCUAAUGCCAACAAAAAAAUAUACAUUGACAAAUAUUCAUCUAGAUCUAUAAAAUUUGAAGAUUAAAACUCAGAAGAACUAAAGAGUAUGAAAUUUCUUUUUGCUUUCUACAUCUUUUUACUUGAAAUAAAAUAACAAAAUGCUGAAGAAAUUUUGUUUAUGAAGUACUUGAAGUACAAGUUUUCACCUGCAUAUACCAGUGGAGCUGGGUCCUCAAUUCAUCCAAACAGUAAGUUUUGAAACCUUUGUCAUGUUCUGCAAGGCAAGAGACAGCCUCCUUCAGAGACUGAAGAUGUGUGCCAUGCCUGCAAUUAGUUGAAAUUCAGUAAUUUUUUUUAAAUGCUGAUUUAAUAAACUUACUUUCAUCUAUAUCAUA